ACUACUCAAAGGGAUUAUCAGCUGUGUAGAUAUGUUAGUGCGAGUAAUAAACUAAAAGUUGAAAAUUAAACUUAAGUCGUUCUGGCAAGUGCAACUGCGUAGUUUCGAAAUCUGAUGUUUGAUUUACUGGAUUUUAUUUCUCACGCUGUACUGGAUAGGCUUUAUAUAGGUCUGUAUGGGAUUAACUGUAUCUAGAACUGAUAGUAAUAGAACUAGAAGAAUGUCAGGAAGGGCUAGUGUGAAUAGUGACGUUCUUGACCAAGAUUCGAACAGUGAGAGUGAGACAGAUCCUGACAUCGCAACGAUACUACAAUACCUCAUACGAAGGUAUCUCAAUCGCAGAAGAAGUGGCCAAAUUAGGGUUAUUGGAUCAGAAAGUGAUAGCCUUUCAGGAGAUUACUCUGAUGAAGAUAGUUUUCUUCCAAAUACUCCCCCAAGAGCUGACCCAAACCCAGACACAUCAUGCAUCCAGGUUAGUGAUCUUUACCAAAGUGUUCUUUUACAAAGUGGUGACCUAGGUGAACUUGCCUGCAGUAAACCUCACAAAGUGCCUUUAUUCCCAUCAAUGAUCCAGAAAAGAGAAGUUGGAGUGCGAAAUCAUGAACGUUUUAGUACCGGAGACUGCUGUUUAUUUAAUUUAAGGUUACUUCCUAACAAAAUGAAAAUAGUGGAUAAAUACCACAGUAAAGCAUUUUGUGGCAUGUUUACCAGAAAUGGGGAUUUGUUCAUGUCAGCUUCUCAAGAUGGUAAUAUUAGAAUAUACGAUACAAGUAAUGGGUACUUCAAGUUAAAGAAGGUUGUCCCAGCUCAAGAUGUUGGAUGGAGUGUAUUAGACACCGCUGUUAGCCCAGAUGGACAACACUUCAUCUACUCAAGCUGGUCAGAAUACAUUCACAUAUGUAACAUACAUGGAGAACAUGAGACACAUGAAGCUCUAGUUUUGUCACCAGAAGAUCGUCGAUUCUGUAUAUUUUCUCUACGCUUUUCCCAAGAUGGUAGAGAGAUUCUUGGAGGAGCCAAUGAUGAAUGUAUAUAUGUUUAUGACCGAGAUUUGAAUAAAAGAUCAUUGAAGAUCAGGUCCCACGAAGAUGAUGUCAACACGGUUGCAUUUGCGGAUGCCACGUCACACAUUCUGUUCAGCGGUGGAGAUGAUGGAUUAUGCAAGGUGUGGGAUCGACGAACCCUGAAUGAGGAUUGCCCUCGACCAGUUGGAAUUUUAGCCGGCCAUAUAGAUGGAAUAACUUACGUAGAUCCCAAGGGAGAUGGUCGACAUUUAAUUACAAACUCAAAGGAUCAGACUAUCAAGUUGUGGGAUAUGAGAGCUUUCUCUUCUCAAGAAGCUGCGAAGGCAGCUAGAACUAUUGUCUCUUCACAAAACUGGGAUUACAGAUGGCAGAGAAUUCCCAGAAAAUUAUCUAAUCAACGAAAGAAAGUAAUGGGUGACACUUCUUUGAUGACUUAUUGUGGACACAGUGUUCUUCAGACCCUCAUCCGAUGCCAUUUUUCUCCAGAAAUCAGCACAGGGCAACGAUAUAUAUAUACUGGUUGUGCUACUGGAAGAAUAAUUGUGUAUGAUGUUCUGACUGGUAAGAUUGUGAAAGUCCUGUGUGGACAUCUAGGAUGUGUGAGGGAUGUAUCAUGGCAUCCUUACAGACAGGAACUGAUCAGCAGCUCUUGGGAUGGGACUCUAGCAUGUUGGACAUACAGUGGGAAACACUCAUUGGAUUCUGAUGAAGGAGAGAUUCAGAGGACAGAUCAGCUUAGCUUAAGACGAUCUCCAAGAAUUGCUCAGUUAAUGAUAAAACCACAGGCAUGCUAGUAUACUGUCUACCUUAUCCUCGGGUACUUCCUUUUGUUAGCAUUUGAAUGGAGACAAAUCAGUGAUUUCCUUUGAAGGAUCUUAAUUGUCUGAGCUACCGAGCUACUUGUAGGUUUUACAUAAAAACUGUUAUUGAAGAAUAACUGCCGAGCCACGUGUUUUAUACAGUUUUCAAUCUGAAUUCAUGUUAAUCAAACAUCUGCCAGUUUUUGCAAUAAUUAUUCUCAGUAAUUGUUAUCAUGGUAUUUUUAUACUGUAAGUUGACAAUAGUUGUAUAUCCGAGUAUUUGUGCAGAAUAACGUAUCUAAACAUUAAUCUCUGGGCAGUGAAGCUACAGAUUUAAUGUUAUAAAGUGUUAUUGUUGUUUUUAAGUGUUUACCUUUAAUGCUGAACUAUACAGAUGAAACUAUCAAACCAUUACUUCUCACAUGUCUCUUCUAUUGUUUUUAUGAAUGGAAUUUUGUUGUCCAAUUUUGCUCUGUUCUAACAUGUACAAAGACAGUGAGGUAGCAUUUGUUCAGAAUUUUGUAUGAUCUAUCGGUUCUCAAUUCACUAGAAACUAGUUCUUUAACUUGAGUAAGGAAUAAAAAAUGAAUAUAACGUAUUGUGUAAGAUGCUUAUUGGUUUGAGCAUGAUAUUAAUCUGCUCAAUGUCAGUACAAAUUUAAGAUCUUGUUUCUGUGCUGUCUGUAUAUGUUUGUUUUGGAAUUUAUUAAAAGUGAAGAAUAAGACAAUCUCUUUAUUUCAUAUUUCUGAUACAACAAGUCUUUUAAUAAUGUUUCUUAAUUUUUGGUAUACAGUUGCUUCCUAUAAAUAACUUAUCCAGUAAGUAUACCCAUCUUGCAGCAUAAUAUCUUUAGGGACUAAAGUAUAGAAAAAAACAGCUCAUAACCACUUUUUACUCAAAACUAAAAAAGCAUUAUUGAAGAUCCUUCCCAACCACGUAAAAUAAUACUGAUUUGUUCAAUUAAAAAUUGUGUAUACAUAUGAACAAAAACACAGCAUUCAUAAGUGAGCAGAAAUAUGGUGAAUGAGGAAUGGCCUAAAUGUGAGUAGUUCUAAUAUCACAGGCAGAUCUAUUUGCUUGUUCUUGGUUACAGUAGAGAAGACACUAGAUUGUCAGGUAAGUUUUAACAGUUCUUUGUAUAUAUUGAAAUGUAUUUUAUUGGUCAAGCAUAUACUACUUUAUAUUAAAUUAUAAAUUUAAUUUUUUUAAGGAAAAAAUAUUUUAAAAAUUGUUUGCCCUACAGAUGGUGGUAUAAUUAAGUUUCUAGGAGAUUGCAUUUCACUGAUAUAAAAAUACAAUUUUUAUAUUUAUAUAUUUACAAGCUGCAUAUGUUGACAGACUGAGAAUAGAAAUUACUUGUGAAGGUGGAAGAUAAUGUGUUGUUUCAAGUGUGUGUAUUUAAAUUUGAAUAUAAAAACACUAGAGGAGGCUGAUUGUUUAGUAAUCAAUAUGUAUCUGUUGUCCCUUCAUUAAUAUUAGACGUGUGUUACUAACCAUUAAAGAGGCUUGAUGAAUAUAUAUACAUAUAUGAUAAUUUACUUUUUUUAAAUUAAAAAGUGAACAGGUUAAAGGAGAUAAAAUUAUAUUUAUUUAGAAUAAUUCAUAAAACUUUCAGCAACAGUGUGAUAAUGACUGCACAUGCUGACCAAAUGUUAUACAUAUUAUUUUAAAUAAAUUUCAUUUUACUCAAUUAAAACUAUUUAGUUUCUAACUACAUUUGUUUAAAUGUGUGUGAUCCUGUUCUAAAAAAUUUCCUUGUUUGUAUCUAGUUGCAUGUUACAACUCGGUAGAGAAGUAGUGAUGAACAUAUACAAUCUUUUUUUUUCUUAGUCAAUUAAUAAUUUAGUAUUUUCACAAUGUCAGAUUAUGAAUUUUAGCUUUAUCAUCAACUCCAAAUUAAAUUGUUUCAUUUGAUCCAUUGAAUAUAAAGAAACAUGACUUAUGGUUAUAUAAGUACAAAACCAUUAUAUUUAAAUUAGUUGGUGAAAUUAGCUUCUUUGUCUAGUAGGAAGUAUGUUUUAAUUAAUUUUUUUUUUCCCCGAGUAAGAGCAUAACCUAGAAAGUGUAUUUGAGGAAAUAUAACCUUUAAAUUGAGAAGAUCAAUUAGUUUAAGUGGUAACAGUUUUGCAGAAACUGUAAUUGUAACUAUAUUCAUUUAUCAAAGCUUAUCAAGUAUAACCUUCCAAAUCUCUCUUAAUUUUAAUAUAAAAAAAUGUAUGGCAUAAUUCAACUUGUAUCUACUCUUCAAACUAAGUGUGAAUGACCUGUACUAGUAGAUCACUGUUAAAUUAUUAUUAUUAUACUAUUAUUUUAAAAAUUGGUUUGCAUUGUUAGCUUCAUAUAUGUAUUUAGAACUAACCUAAAUCUAAGUUGCUCGAACUUCGUGAGAUAUUACUGGGAUUACAACAGAAAAUAUGAUUAACAGUAAGGAUACCCAACUGAUGAAACAAUGUUUUGUUUUUCAGUAGAAAUGUAAGAAAAGAGUAUCAAAUUAGCUUUACUAAUUGCCAUGUUGAUUUUUAGUUUUGUUCUUAGUAUGUAGCUUGCUGUGGUUGUAAGUUAAUAUCAAUUAUAUACUAGUAAUUCUAUACAUAGAUUAACUUGUACUGUAUUUAUGCAGUUAUGUACAGAAAUUGAUCUGUGAAAUAAAAUAUAAAACGUUUA